AUGCGUCCACGAGAGACCGGCAAUAACGCAUGGAGAGCAGAACUUGUGAGUUCAGGUCCCCGGGCCCCAGAAGGCAGCUUGCGCAGAGUUGCGUCCAGAAUGCCACCAGCGCAAUCUCCGCAGCUGAUGCAGCUUCUGUUGCUCCUGGUGCUCGUGGGACUAUCUUGGGCACAAGACAUUCAGAUGUGUGAAAAUAUUCGAGAUGAUUUGGGUGCAGCAUCCUGUGCCCAAGUGCUGGAAGGCAAUGCAAAAGGCUUCCGGCUCACUGGAACCAUGAACGAUCCGCUGAGGUUUGCCGGCCUGGGUUUCGAUGACAACAUUGCAGGCGGUGAAACGCCUGGAGCUCUAAAUGUAUGCAUGUUGGCAGCAUUUGGCGAUGGUGGUGUCAUCCCGGCCGCGUGCGUGCCAACAGUCGGAACAACUGCUGACCAAUGGGAUGGAGUGCCGGAGAUGCACUACUUUGGUAUGAUAGGCUUUGAUUGCAGCUUCAACCACGUCGCCUACGCGGUGGGUGAAACCAUUGACUGGGAUUACCCUACAGGGAAUACUUGUGUCGGUGAUGGGGACCUGGACGUGGGACUGACGUCUAUCAAAUGUAUGUUCGAGUCAGCGUGCGAGCUGGGGACUACAACGACUACGAUGGCAGUUGUCACAUCCACGACCUUAACAACCACUCAGACUCAGUCUACGACCUUGACAGCCACUCAAUCUUCUACAUUGACUACCACUCAGUCUACAGUUUCAACAAGCAUGACAAGUUCGAGUGCAACGAACACAGUGACAACGACUGCGGUGACAACCACUCGAAGUUCCACCAUCACAGCGACCUACACAGCAUCCACCCGCACUACUACAACUACAGGUACCGGCACCUAUACAACUGCAACCACCACAUACACAACUGCAACAGUUACCAGAAGCACCAGGUCCAUCACUUCCACAUCGUCACUUGUUUCCACGAGCAAAACUACGACGAGUGCGACAGCUUCUCUCACUCAGACUCGAACAACCGUAUCAACCACUCAUACCAGCGUUACAAUGUCCUUGACGCGAACCUCUGCCACCACCUCCAUCAGCACCACCACACUGACUACGCAGACUGCUUCCAUCACCUCUACGGCUACAAGUGCAACCGUUACCGAAACAAUCACCACCACAGCUACUGGCACUGCCACAAGCAGCGUCACCACUGAAACCUUGACGGCUACGGCUGUGACCUCCACCGGCACUGACACCAGCACCACCACGAGUACUGGUAGUCCCGCUAUCAACAUCACGGGACGUUUCUGCCCGGAAUCACCCAUGAUUGCAAACAGCGCCAGUUUGGCUCAUUGCGCUGGAACGCCUCACAAUGGCGUUUGCGAUGUGGAGUGCUCUGAUGGAUUCACCAGACCCGGACUUGCAGAUGUCGUCCUUGCACUUUGUCAUGAGGGACGCUGGCGAAUCCGAGGCGAAUGCCUACCAGAGGGUACGAAUGUCACGCAAUCGGGUGCGGCCCAAGUCCUGCUUGAUGUCGCCCUGGACCUUCCGGAGCUUAGCAACUUCAGCGAUGGCUAUUACUGGGCGCGAGCACAUGAAACAGCUUUGUAUUGGGCAUUUGCCAAAACGCUCGGGGUGCAUCCAGCAGAACUGCGCAACUUGGAAGAAACCUUCACACAGAAGUCGGAUCUCGGCAUCUCGAAGUGUUUGCAGCUCAAACGUUUGUGCUAG